CAAAGGAAAAUAAAGAUUAUAAGAAAAAUGUAUUAAAAUUAAUAAUUAAUGUAUUUACUAACUGAAAAUUGUUCUCCACUUUGAAAUAAAGUGAUUAUUUAAAAUGUAUAAGAGUACAAAAAUGAUAAAUAUGAUUCUCUAAUGAAAAAGACCGGCUCUAUUUUAUAAUUUUAUCACUGUAUUUUUAUCAAGAAGAUUUAACCUAUUUAUAAGCGAUUUUAUUUUGGAAUAUCCUGGUGAUGAAAAAAAGUCUACAUGAGGUCAGUUAUUAAGGAUAUUUGUGAUUUUUUCCGGAAAAACAAUUGUGAGAGUCUUUGAGGAUAUAAAAGAGAGUGGAUAUAAAUAAAUGUCGACAUUCGAAAGGGUUAGCUGUUUUCGUCUCGAGAUACCUGGUGACAGGAUUCUUUUACUAAAGGAGUUAACGAUGUAACCAGUCAGCCUAGACGUAUAUAUAUCGUUGGACACAUAUAUAUAAACACCGGAAAGACGCAAUAACUUGCAAGCGUAUCCUAUUCUUCACGCCGGACGAGCACAUAUGUCGUUAGGGUUACAUGGAAGUCUCUGAGAAUUGUAGCGCACGGAAACACACUACCCCGAAAUUGACAUUGUCAUCACUAUUUUAUCAGGGUAUGGACGUAGAUUAGGAAAAAGCAGUCAUUCCAAGGACAGUCGAUUUUUAUAAUUAAGAUUGAUGUGAUUUUUUCGCUAAACAGUAGGAGUUUCUGUAUAUCAAAAUUCAUAACUAAUCAAAUUCAUACACGUUUUAUAUGGAGGAAUAAUUUUUCUCACGAAUAAACGUUCUCUAGUGCGACUUUUGGACAAAUCGUAAAAUAAGAAAAGUCGUUAUUAUAUAGUCGUGAAGAUUUAUUUGAAGAAGGAGAAAAAAAAAAGGUUCGAGUUAGUUCAUUAUUUAUCAGUCUCCAUCUGUCCUGUCAGAGGUUGAACGAUUCGUGCCAGGGACUCAUCGAUGUUAUCUGACAACCGAAUACGGUGGUUUUUUUUUAUUUGUAUAUACCUUAUUGCCUCGAGAUGCAUAUCUUUUUCGACACCCUAACUGCUUGGAGCUUCUUUUCAUUUAUACUGGAACUCUUUAUCGCAAGAAGACUCUCGUCGUUUUACUGAAAUUACAUUCUGAAUAGUUAUUGUCCGUUUAAACAGCUUUUAAGUACAAAAAAAAAAUUGACAUCAAAUUUGCACACUGGACGCAUAUUUUUCAUCUAAUGAACUCCAUUACGCGCAAAUGGAAAAAAAAUGCCAUUGUUUACUAAAGAUUCCAUCUUCAAUAUUCUGCGAAGAUCAAUGAAGUACUUGUCAUUGAGAAAACUAAACAUAUUUAGACGACCAUCGGAAAAAUUUAAAAAAAGUUUAGUAAAUCUUCUAAUUGACGAAGAGAUUCCAAUUAAAAAUACUCCACCAAAAUCUCAAACAACCGAAGUUUAUCAAAUUCCCUAUUUUUCAUCAAAACGUUUAAGUACUUAUGAUUCUCUGGAAAAUAUACAACCAAUUUUGAAAAUAAGAAAAAAAGAAUUACCACCACGGCCAAAAAUUGUUAGGACAAUUAAUUUUAACGUCAACAUUCAAGGUGAAUUGGGUUUAACAAUAGAACGUGAUCAAAAUUCAGUGAAUUCUAAAUAUUUUAUAUCAAGAAUUAAUUCAAAUAAACCCGCAUUAAAUGAUCAUGAUCAUCAUCGACAAUUAUGGUUGGGAGAUGAAGUUGUAAAAAUUUCGAAACAACGAAUUCGUGGAGUAACGGAAAAUCAAUUGAAACAGACAAUUGAAAAUUGUUUAGGAAAUGUUGAACUCAUGAUUUCCAGGGAUUCGAAAUUUUCGUUUAAGGGUAAUUUAUUGGAUGAUUGGCCAAAACAAUUGAAGCCAAGAACGAUGGAUGAUGACUCUGAGAUUUGGAAUAAGUUACACGAUCAAUCAGAGAAUGUCAAUGUUAAAAUGGCAAGUAAAAAAUGUGAAAUUGUCGGAUAUUUGAGGAAAAAUGGAAACUGCGAAGAAAUUGAGGAUGAAAAAAUAGAAAACGUAACUGGAAUGAAGAAAUUUUUUUUAAAAAAACCACCUGUAAAUUUGACACAAGAUUUAAUUAUAAUUCAAUUCGAAAUGGCGUUGGUUAAAAAAUUGGGAUUUUCCAUUGUUGGAGGAUCCGAUUGUAAAAUCGGAUUGGGAAUAUUUAUCAAGAAUAUUUUUCCCGAUGGUCAAGCAAAGGAAAAGGGAUUGGAAAUUGGCGAUGAAAUUUUCAUUGUAAAUGAAAUUAUCGUUAAAGGAAAAAGUCAUGCGAAAGCUUUGCAAAUUAUUCAAGAGGCUAAAAAUAAGUCAAUGACUUUAAAAAUUAAAAGAGGACUUAAAGUCAAAUUUUAGCGGCAAAAAAAAAA